CUUGAACCGUUUUAUUGUUUACUCUCUGAGAUUGUCGAUGUCUUAAAAUCAACAACGGGUUCAAUAAUCUUAACAUAAGUCAUACAUUUUAAAACAGCUUCUUAUCUGUUAACUAACACUGAAUAUAUUUACACUUAUUUUUAUUUCAACGUCCCUAUCUGAUUAAAUCGUUAUAUUUUUGAUAUAUGUACAGUACUCGUCAAGCCGAACCUCAGUUCUUUGUUUAAUCUAGUUAACACGGUACAUCAAGGAGACACGUAAAUAAAUAGACGUUUCAACUUGUAAGAUGCCAACCUCAUCCUCUGCGUCAUCAAAGUCUGCCACUGCAUCACCGAGGGGAUCAGCCGGAGGUGCUCGACAGAGAAAGGCACCGGCUUCUUCAGCUAGACGACCAGUUGCUCCAACUGCACAGAAAAACCCUGUUUUCCUGUUUUAUUCAGAAGAUUCUCCUGGAAUCAAAGUUGGACCCGUACCAGUACUAGUUAUGAGUCUGUGUUUCAUAGUUUCUGUAUUUCUUUUGCACUUCUGGGGUAAAUAUACCCGCAGUGCUUGAAAUAUUUACUAUAUUACUUAUUUUGUGAUAACUUGGUGAAUGAGGUGAGGACCUAUUUAAUAAAAUCGGUUGAAUAACCAUGUUAUCAAGUACUGUUUUGAAUAAUUUCUUUAAAAAAGCCUAGGUCUUCACGCAUCUCCCAGUACGUUAAUCAAAGUCCUUUUCUACCGAAAAUGUCGUACAAUCUACUCUAGUUGUUUGGGUAUCUUCUUUUUCAUAUUUAUUUCCACUGGUUUUACCACUAGUUUACUUUUUAUACUGGUACAUAAGAAACAAUAAACCGUUUUGUAACCCAUAGUUUUAUCCAAGUUGUUACGUUAAUAAAUUCCGAACUAGUUAGGUUUUGCCACUCACCGCUAUUAUGAAACAUCAAAGCUUCUGACGACCCAAAUACACUAUGUAAAUUCUGCGUAGCCGCAGAUGUCUGAACUGCGACAGAUUUAGUAAAAUUUACAUGCGGUCAUAUUCUAAAUGGCCGAUUUGCCGAAAAAUCAAAGGCUGUUACCUUCAUUAGCGAUUAAAUACGGAGCACCUAACUGUAAUAUCUGGUUAAGCUUUGAGCUCCAAACGUUUCGUACAAUACAUCGUGACCUCCGUUCUUUGUGUUGCCGGUCGCUAUUCUGCGACUAUGGAUGAUGUACCUUACAGAUCAUUCCAUCCCAUAUUACGACUUACCUAUGGUUUAUGUUUGCCCCUAUUUUCAAAUGUAGUCUAGUUACAUUCUAAUCUGACAUUUCUUACAGGAAGGAUUAGUAUGCAGCCUAAUCGUCUUCUUUUACACUACAGGAGUUCAGCAUUUGGUACUAGUUUUGAAAAUAGUCAGCGUUACUGGUAAAUAGCUUGUUUUUAGUGGAUUAGUACUUACUGUAUAUCAUUGUGUGGAUGCUACUAAAUCAGAAUAGUUUAAUAUAUGCACUGGGAUAACCUUGACUAACACAAAUUAGCACAUGAUGCGUUAUGUUUAUCUCACCUAAAGCUUGCUAUAAGUGGUUCAAUAUAUGAUACACAUGUCCAUCAGAAUGCCUCACAUACCAAAAUAGACAUAUCUCGGUACCCGACACCUGAGUCCCAUUUUACUUUUACUAGAACCCCGUCCACUACAACAUAUUAAAUUAAAUGCGUAGUAAGUGCUGAAUUGGGAUUGGUCUUAAUUUGAAUCACUUCGUAUGCGGCCCUUAGAAGUUUAUUUCCGCGUACUUACAAGUGUUUUUGACUUAACAAGAAAUGCUGUUAGUUGAAAUCGCUUCAAUACUAAGUAUGACUUAUCGAAUCUACGUAUCCCAGAGUGGCUUUAGCAGACGAAUACCACCACAUUUACUCACAGGACUAUAACGUGGUCCUCGAAAUCCUUGGUUAGGGACUCGUGGUCAAACUGCAUUACGAUGCUAGUGCUAACUUGGUAUCCUAAAGGGAAAAGGAGAGAAGAGAGACCAAUGAAAACAUGGUUUCGGGAACUAAAGACACAUCAGAAAUUAAUAGCAGUUGAAAAUAACUGGGAAGGACUGCUCAGUACACAGCUCUAUGGAGAUUCUUGAUGGACGGUUUAUGCUACUCGACGAGUGACAGGUGUAAGCAAGUAGUGACCGUAACCAUUAUUCUGCAUAUGCAAGGACUCACCUUAUACCUUAAUAUGACUUCUAAUAGGAACUGUUGUGGUAUAUAAUAGGAGUUUUACAAUCGUACUCCCCAUUUUCAAUACAGACAAUAUAAUCACGUCCUAGGAUGACAUUACACAACAGUCAGCUCCGAAAUAUGCACCUAGGUCGAGAGCUACAGAGAUAUCAAGAAAUGGUUUAUUUCUAAUCCAAUUAAAGAUACUCAUUAUUUACGUGAGACAUAGAUGUUAAAGUGAUUGACGUCUCAUUUCAGCAUACCAAGGUUCAACACACGCUACAGUUGCACGUGAGUAACAUAAGUGCAUCUCCUAAUUAUUUUAGGAAGUUUCUUGCCAUGGUAACUGACAGUUCUGUGGUGAAUAAGUUGCUUAUGUUGGUCAGAAAUCUCUGCGUUUUGUCAGCGUCUUCACCAAAUAAAACUUUGUCAUCGGCAUAUUCUAAGUCAACAAGUGAAUCUCCCAGCAGAAGUUCAACACCUGGAAAUUAAGAUGAGAGUGUUAUCUCUAAAAGUACGUCGACGACAAAGUUGAACAAGAAUGGGGAGAGUGGACAGCCCUGACGAACACCACUUGAGGUAAUCGAUUCUGAUGACAGUUCGCCAUAAGCUCUCACUCUACCAGUUGUGUUCGAGUAGAGAGCCUUUAUAAGGUUAAUGUACUUCUUUCAGUGACAAACACUGCCAUAGAACCUUACGAUCAACUGAGUCAAAUGCCUCCUUAAGGUCGAGAAAGUGAUUACAACUAUAAUCUACAAACCUAAGUAUUUACUUUGUACAAGUGUAUAGAACGCAUAUAGGCCCACAUAGCUGUUUUUUUAUCUGGAAACUAUUAGAAAUCGCUCGCUAUUAACGAGUUUACGAAUCCAAUGUCAUCAAUCUUUCAUUAUGAUCAGAUACAUAUAGCUGACCGAAUAAACCCGCAAAGAAUGCCUGGUGACAAUUUCCAGAAUAUGUACCUACUAUUGCGAAAUAUCGAGGAUCUGAACAUGAAUCACAGUUGUGAACAUACACAAAUAUACCCCCGUGCAGAAAUCGUAAACUGGUGUAUUGCAUGUGUAGUAUUUUAUGAGAACUUGACUUUGAGAAGUGCUAGAGAAGCAUAGCAUGAAUUAGGGUGGGGAACUCACAGUUUAGAGCGAGAUCUAUGCGACGUCACUAGACUUUACUGGAGCAACACCGAAGUCUUUGGGCUAUUGUAGUAUCGAAGAACCAAAAUGUCUCAAUUGCCGGCUCUCGGUUCUUCCAAUUUAUACCAGUUAUGCAGGAUACUAUUAGGUUUCCAUUUAAGCAGGCUGCACUCACUACCGUUGGUAAAAUCGCUACAGCGUCCUAUCACGAAAUAAAGCAUAAAGGGCACAACAAUGGGUCGGAAUAAAUCAUUUGACAGGAAUCCGACUAGCAACUUAGUUCUUGACGGGAAGUAAACUCCAUCGAAGAUACGGAUGUCAAACCAAUACAUGGGUGCAAUUCCAGAACUACGCGGUUUACCACACCAAGAGCGGCUUUAAAAGCUGGACCUCUUCACUCUGUGCUAUCACAGACUAAGGGGAGAUCUAAUUCUGAUAUACAGAAUACGGAAAAAUGAUUUUGGACCUAACAUAUUCUCUUUUUCUCCCACUGGAUCGGGACAUUGCAGUAGAGUAG